AUGCCCAUUCGCGUCAAGAAGAAGAACUUGCCGGCGGAGCGGGACAUGAGCCCUGUGUCCAUGCGCAUCGACACGUUUGAGCUGCCCGACAUUGAAUCGAAUGACAGCUUCAGGGACGUGGUGAAGAAGAUCUCGGUUUACAUCACCGAUGUCAUUGUUCUGCCGAGCACUUUCGAGCAGCUGAGAACCACCGCAGCCGGAGAGUGCUUGAGGAUCUUGGUCGAUCACCUCAAUGCCACCUGCACCAACCCGGCCACCGUCAACGCUUUGCUCGCUCUCAAAUGGCACUAUGCUGUCGACGAGACCGAGUCCAACAAGGGUCUUUGCGAAGCCCGCGCCAAUGCAUGCGAGAUUGUCGCUUGGCGCUUUCUCACUCGCUUGUCAGAACGCGAGGCCGUCGACUACUGCCUCUAUGAAAUUCCCGACCCCAAGGAGUCGGAGACGCCGCCGCCCAACAUUGACGUUGAGAGCAACGAGAACUCGCCUCUGCUCUCCGGCGGUAGCUGGUCCGGCGCGAACAGCAGACGUGCUUCAGUCCGCCCGGGAAGCAGCGCCAAGCGUUAUCAGCUCUUGUCGUCCCUGUCCAGGUUGACCAUGAGCAUGCACGCCGAUCAGGAAGAAGAGGAAGAGGACGACCCGACCUCUCCCUUCACCAACUUGAACGCCCUCGAAAUUGCAGCCGUUGCCGAUGCCAAGCGUUUUCUCAGCCAGCAUGUCGUGCAGAAGAUUGUCACUGGCAUUUGGAACGGAGAUAUCAUCUUCUGGGACAGUCUCUCCGUUCAUGCCGAGAAGAAGCCCCGCUUCUACAACCCUCAUACCACCGACGUCUUCUCUCGUCUGAGAGUUCCCAAAUACCUCAAGGCUUGGGAGGCCUUCUUCUUCCUCAUCUUCCUCAUCCUCUACUACUCCGUCCUUGUCCAGCAGAACACCGAGCGCAUCACCCACAACGAAGUUGUCUUGUACAUCUGGUUGGCUGCUUUCCUCUACGACGAGCUCAGCGAAUGGGCUGAUGCCGGUACUAUCUUUUACGCGACGGAUAUCUGGAACAUGUUCGACAUGAUCAUGAUAGGCAUCGGUAUCACCUUUGCCGUUCUGCGGGUUAUUGGCAUCACAAAUCACGACAGAGAGAUUACCGACCUUGCUUUCGACGUUUUCGCUCUUGAGGCCCUUUUCAUGGUCCCUCGUGUCUUCUCCCUCCUCAGCUUGUCGCCUUACUGGGGUACCCUCAUCCCGUGCCUGAAAGAAAUGAGCAAGGACUUCAUCAAGUUCAUGGUUCUCGUCGUCAUCGUUUACCUCGGCUUCCUGACGACAUUCUCCCUCAUUGGUCAAGACGCCUACAACUUCUCUCACAUGACCAUGAUCCUGACCAAGAUCUUCUUCGGUUCUUCCUACGUCGGCAUCGAAAUCAUGGAGGACAUCAACCCGAUCUUCGGCCCGACCCUCAUGAUCAUUUUCAUUAUCCUCAGUACCUUCCUCCUGAUGGGUUCCCUGACCGGUAUGCUGUCCAACAGCUUCUCCCGCGUCAUCACCCACGCCCGCGAGGAGUACCUGUACGUCUACAGCGUGUACGUGCUCGAGGCGUCGACUAGUAACCGACUCACGCACUUUUACCCGCCGUUCAAUCUCAUUGCCCUGGUCAUCUUCCGCCCGCUGCGGCUCUUCCUCCCGUCGGACGACAAGUUCCGCCAGAGCCGUAUCAUCCUCCUCAAGGCCACGCACUUGCCCAUCGUCGGCGUCAUCCAGAUGUACGAGAGCGUCCGCCGCCGUGUACUUCCCGAGUACACCGGCUUCAAGGGACCUCGCAGCGCAACGAGCAAGCGGUCCAGGAACGCCCUGCAAGUCAACCGUCCGCCUUCAGGCCACCGUCCUGGAAGGUCUCCGUACCGGUACAACGACAGCCACUCGAGGCCUCAAACCCGCGCCGCCGAUAUCGAAGAGACCGACGCCCCGUCUGCCGUCGAGGUCCGCAUCAGCGAGCUCAACGACAAGAUCGACAAACUCACUGCUCUCGUUGAGGCGAUGCAGCAGCAGCGAUCUGGAUCUCCCUCCCCUUGA